AUGGGAUAUACAUUAACGAAGACAACAUUUAACUACUACCGGAGCAAAAUACGAAGAACAAAUAGAGCAUCUUUGGAGUGGAUAGACAGUAUUCCCAAAGAGAAGUGGUCGAGGGCGUUUGACAGAGGACAGCGGUGGGGACACAUGACAACAAAUUUGGCCAAAGCUAUGAACUCGGUACUUAAGGCUACCCGAAACAUUCCUAUUACUGCAUUAGUUAAGUCAACAUUCUAUCGUCUAGGAUCGUCGUUUGGAAAACUAGGACACGAUUGA